AUGUCCGUACCAAUUGAUCCUGUUAAACUUUAUAUCAAUCAAUUUAUUCAAAAUUUCGAUUAUGUCGAUGCUAUUUUUCUUGCUGAACGAUUGUAUGCAGAAGUUAAAAAUGAAGAAUCGACCUAUUUGUUAGCACGUACAUAUUAUUUAAGUGGAGAUGUAAAUAAAUCUUAUUGGCUAUUAAGAAAUUCAUCUAUUGAACAUAUAUCAACUGCUAAAUUAUUACUUGCAAAAUGUUGCUUUGAUAUUGAAAAAAUUCAUGAAGCCGAAGCUGUUCUUGUUGGAAGUUGGUCAUCGAUUGAUCAAUUAUCAUUAGACGAUUUUGUUAAUGAACAUGGAGAACAAGCCUCGUUUGCCUUACAAUUAUUGGGCAAAGUUUGCGAAAAAUCAGAUCGUGUGUUAAAAGCGGGAGAAUGUUAUCGACGUUCAUUAAAGUUAAACCCAUUUUUAUGGUCAUCAUUUCAAGCAUUAUGCAAUUUAGGCGAGAGAGUUGAUACAAGUAUAUUUUGUUCAUCGGCACUUAAACUACCAAGUCGUACUGUACCAGAUAUACAGCCAAAUGUAUGCACAUCACCAUGUAUCGAAUCACCAAAAGAUCAAAUAAAUGAAAAUCAAAUCAUCGAGCAGACCAAUGUUAACAAUAAUAUAAAACAAACUCAGCAACAGAUAGUGAAAUUAGCUGAUAAUUUAUUAAAUGUUGGUACAACAAUUAACGUUGGAUUGAUCACAUCUACACCAAUUGAUCGUAUAGCAGACAGUGAUCAAGAUCUAAUAGAUAAAUUUACACCACCAACAAUAAUGACACCCACUUGGGUACCAAGUUUGAGGAAUCCACCAUUAGCACCAAAAAGAACAAAUAAUCGUGUGGGACAACAAUUUGAAUAUGAUGAAUCGUCCACAUCAACAUCCACAACAGCUCUUGUUGCAACAAUCACGAGUCAUCAUCGACGUGAAGCAACAUCAGCGACAAUAAAUGAUACAAGAAAAACAACAAGUACAAGAAAAGCACAACGUCGUGUUGGUGCUACACAACAAACAUCUGUGUUAGGCACAUAUGGAAAUGUAAUUAGUCAAACAAAUACACAAACAAGAACUACGCCAACCACAUCUAUUACGACCCGAACACAAACACCAUUAUCGUCUGAUGCUAUUAAAGAAAAUACAAAAUCAGUUCGUACUCUACCAAAACGAAAUCAACGUCCAAAAUCUACACGUGUUCCAUGUUCAGAAAUGGGUUUAACAACACCCACAUCUUUUGAAUCACCAACAAAAAUGACGACACGUAGUCAAGUACGGCACAGCAAUACAAACAAUACAAGUAUAAAUGGAGAAAUUGAAAUAACAAAUAAAAAAGAUAAAUUAAGAAAAAUUCAAUUAACACAUCAUCGUACAUCAGAAAUUGUUGAAAAUAUUCUCAAUGUUUUAAAAUUACUUGGUGAAGGUUUACAACAUUUAUCAUUAUACGAAUGUCGUCAAGCUGUCGAUAUAUUUGAAUCAAUAACCAUAAAACAUUUAGAUACACCUUACGUUCUAUCAAAUUUAGCAUUAUCAUUGUAUCAUCUACAUGAUUAUCAAAAAGCAUCACUAAUUUAUCGUCAACUACGGACAAAAUUUCCUUAUCAUAUCGAUGGAUUAGAAUAUUAUAGUACGGUGCUGUGGCAAUUGAAAGAUGAUGUAGCAUUAGCGACAUUAGCACAUGAGUUAACUGAAACACAUCGAAAACAUCCAGCUGUAAGUAGUAAGAGUGAGCGGUAUGGUCUAAUCUACAUUAGAAGAAAAAAACAUUGA